AAACACAAAAACACCACCUUGUUUUCCCUUGGUUGUUCUUGUUCCCAACACCAACACCAACACCAACACCAACACCAACACCAUGGCCUCUCCAACACUAAUAACCCCAACAUCCACACCCAAAUCACUCACACCCAUGAAGCCCAAAACCACCAGCAUCGCCGCCAGAGGCAGAAGCAGCACCACCAUGAGCCAGCCUGGACGGCGCGAGUUCCUCUCCUUGGUGAGUGGGUCCGUCGUGUGUGGGUCAUGGGUGGUUGGGGCAGUGGCGGCGUCGGACGAAGAGUACGUGAAGGAGACGGAGGAGGUGAUCGGGAAGGUGAGAACGACCAUAACGAUGGAGAAGAAUGACCCGAACGUGGCCUCUGCGGUUGCGGAGCUGAGAGAAAGCUCGAACUCGUGGGUGGCCAAGUACCGGAGGGAGAAAGCGCUUCUGGGAAGGGCUUCCUUCAGAGACAUGUAUUCGGCUCUGAACGCUGUUUCCGGACACUACAUUAGUUUCGGAGCCACCGCUCCUAUUCCUGUCAAACGAAGGAACAGGAUUUUGGAGGAGGUGGACACUGCCGAGAAGGCGCUUCUAAGGGGAAGAUAGAUUUCCUAACUUAAUUGCCUUUUUCUAUGUGCACUCAUAUCAUAGAGUCAAACUAAAUCCAGGCAUCAUUCUCUUUUCCUUUUCCUUUUAAUUCAACUGCCUGCAUGCGCCUUUUAAUUCUCUUUUGUUGAACCCGUAAUUACCAUUAGACAAUAAGCCCAUGCCCAUGGUCAUUUUGGAUCAAGACUAAACAA